AUGCCCCGCCUCCACGAUGAGUUGCCGACCGACAUUGAGCGGAUUGUCGACCGGAAGCUGAUCAAGCAGCGCGUGCACUACUACGUGGUGUGGAAGGGCUUCGGCGAGGAGAACAACACGUGGGAGAGUCGUCUCGAUCUCAUCGCGGAUGGCUACACGGACGCCAUCAAGAGCUACGAAGAACAGCGAAAGAAUGAAGCGGAGACGUUGACGCCUCGUGGCCGGAGUCCAGGCCGCCCGUCGUCCAAAAGCCCGCGGACAAAGAGUCGGAGUCCUGGACGGGGCGUAGGUCGCCCACGAACGCGACGGAGUCGCUCUCGCAGUGUCUCAGUGAGCAGGAAAUUGCCAAUGAUUAGCAAGGACGACGCUGAGCAGCAAAGCAGCAGUUCGUUUUCGAGCACGACGACGCGGCAACGGAAGAAAAGCCCAAGCGAUACCGUGGAAACUGUUGCAGCAACGGAGACACCUGGACGUCAAUCGGCUCGAAAAAAACAACAGACGACUACGGAGACGAGCGAGUUUGUGUCUCGACUGGAGGUGCACAAGAGUGGGGAUCCCAUGAUGCUUGAUGAGGAGGACGACUCGGUUCUGUUGCGGUCAACUAUUGCGGCGCUGCACAGCAUCGCUCCGUCAACCCGACUAGGGAUCGGAAAGGGACGUGCACGAGAAGUCAGUGGUGCUGUCGUACGAGGCGGACGAAGAAUCGAAAAUGCUGUUCACGAAGCACUUAGUACCCGAAAGUAA